GCGGGGAUGCCGCUGAAGAACUACAGCGGCAGAGGGCGGGCGAAGCGGGGCCGGAGCAGGAAGCGUGGGCGCCGCUCAAGGUGCCGGCUUGGAGCUUGCGGGCGCCCCGGUGCUCUUUGCUGGCCAGGAUGCGCCCGUCUCUGGCGGUGGGGCUGGUCUUCGCGGGAUGCUGCAGCAACGUGGUUUUCCUGGAGCUGCUGAUCCGGGAAUUUCCAGGAAGCGGGAAUUUGAUCACGUUCUCCCAGUUCUUCUUUAUAGCUUUGGAAGGUUUCGUCUUCGAAGCAAACUUUGGAAGGAAACCGCCCACAAUUCCCAUCAGGUUCUACCUCAUUAUGGUGGGCAUGUUUUUCACAGUCAGUGUGGUGAACAACUAUGCCCUCAACCUGAACAUCGCGAUGCCCCUGCAUAUGAUAUUUAGAUCGGGCUCUUUGAUAGCCAGCAUGGCACUAGGGAUUAUCAUUCUGAAGAAAAGGUACACCGUCUCCAAAUACAUCUCUAUCGCUUUGGUCUCUCUGGGCAUUUUCACCUGUACUCUCAUGUCAGCCAAAGAACUGAGCUCUGUGUCGGGUUCGAGUGAAGAUGAGGAGAGCAUCUCUGCCUUUCUCUGGUGGCUUCUAGGAAUUGCGGCCUUGACCUUUGCUCUCCUCAUGUCCGCCCUGAUGGGGAUCUUCCAGGAAACCAUCUAUAAGAAGUUUGGAAAACACUCAAAGGAAGCGCUCUUCUACAAUCACGCCCUUCCUCUUCCGGGGUUUCUCUUUCUGGCUCCAGAUAUUUACAGGCAUGGACUUCUCUUCAGUCAAACUAGACUCGUCCAAGUGCCGUUGGUUGGGCUCAACCUACCCAUCAUGUGGUUUUAUCUCAUGAUGAACGUCAUAACUCAAUACAUCUGCAUCCGAGGAGUCUUCAUCUUGACCACCGAGUGCACCUCCUUAACCGUCACGCUGGUCGUGACGCUGAGGAAGUUUGUCAGCCUCAUCUUUUCCAUCCUCUACUUCCAGAACUCUUUCACCACCUGGCAUUGGCUGGGCACCGUCUUGGUCUUCGUGGGGAUGCUCUUGUACACGGAAGUGUGGAAAAAUCUGGGAUUCGCCUGGCCUUGCGGACCCCGGAAGGCGGAGAAGAAGCAGGAAUGAUGGAGGGAGAAGGCUUCCCGUCGGAUGGACGUUGUCGCGUCCUUCGGGUGGACCAAGGGGCCCCAGGUUCUUCGCCGGGCAGGCCGGGAAGGUUGAAUUUUUGUAACACAACAGUCGCAACUCUUGGCUGGGCCAAGCUGGGCUGCACCUCCCUUGGAGAAGGGGAAAUACGGUUUUGCGUGUCUUUGGGUUGUUGCGGUGUGAAUGAUAAGCUGGUUUCUUUGACUGAAGAGGAAUCUGAUCCGUGGUUUGGUGGUUCCUUCGACUCCAUUAAUUGGGCAAUUUUGCCCCCAAAGUUUGCAAGAAACAACCC